AUGCUGCUCCCAGCGAGCAGACGGAGGAACCGAUCAUUGCGUUUUGGCAGCCAUGUCCUUCAAAAAUCCACGCGUUACCUGAGGUUGCUCGUUUCAGCAGAACCAACUAAGGUCGACGUUCUUCUCUUGACCACGGGGGCGAUUUCUGCCAUUGCAUCAGGUAUCUCUUUUCCACUGAUCGGUAUUCUGUUUGGUCAACUCGUCGACGACUCCAAUUCUGCAACUUGUAACCAGGGAACAAACGAUUACCAAGGCGAUGUCAAUUCCAAAAUUCUUCUCAUUCUGUAUUUUGCCAUCGCUCAAUUUGUCACCAUUUAUGUUCAUCUCGCCUGCUGGAGUUUCACUGGUGCUCAACUGGCCCAACGAUUGCGAGAAUGUUAUUUCAAGAACCUCUUGCGACAAGAGCCGUCUUUCUUUGACGAUCUAACUCCCGGAGAAGUAUCUUCGCGACUCAAUGGCGAUAUUCAGACGAUUCGCUUUGGAACAUCAGAGAAACAUACAUUCCAGUUACUCGAAUUCCCAUCCUCAUCAGUGCAAAGACAGACCGGAAACGGUUGCGAGAACUUGGGAUCAAACCUGGCCGUACAAAAUUUACCUAAGCUCAACGAAACAACCGGAUCAGCUCCGGACACCCCAAUUGAAGCUUCGAUCAAACAGAUUUGGUGUCAUACAUUGAAUGUCAAUGUGGACCAAAUCUCCAACACCGACCAUUUCUUCGGAUUGGGCGGUGAUUCGAUCUCGGCAAUGAGACUCGUAGCCAAAGCGAGAGAGUCGGGCCUUGUCUUAACCGUCGCCAAAAUUUUCAGUCAUCCAAUUCUCUAUGAAAUGGCGCUGAACACUGAAAGCCUUUUCUCAACGUCACCACCAGAUGUGGCGACAUUCCCCUUGAUCAGCCAAUCCUGGCCUCCUGAGAUCGAUUGUGACGAGGCAGCAAAAAUAUGUGGUAUUGAACCCUCACUGGUGGAAGAUAUCUACCCGUGUACACCCCUUCAAGAAGUUUUGAUGCCUUUCCCGGCAAAGGAUUCUCAAGUCUACGUUGCACAAAGAGUAGCGGCGAUUCCGACCCACAUUGAUAUGAGCAAAUUCAUCAAGGUCUGGGAAGAUACAGUCGCUCAGUCUCCAAUCCUGAGAACCAGAAUAGCCCAAUUCAGCAGCCAUGGCUUGAUGCAACUGGUUGCCCGAGAUAGUUUUUCUUGGAAAAGUGGCCAAAACGUUGCAGAGUACUUGGGACAAAAGCAUUCCAACAAAGCUCGGCUCUCCUUUGACAAGAUUUGGAAUCAUCGGCGACCGAGAUGGGAAAACAUAUUUUGUGUGGACUGUCCAUCAUGCAUUGUACGAUGGUGGUCGACACUACUGAUCCUUGAACGCUUGAGACGGUGCUACGCAGGGGAGAAAACUGUGCGCCCAUCAGAGAUGAAGCUUUUCAUCAGAUAUCUGGUGGAUCCUGUCCGCGAGAAUUCAAAGCAAUAUUGGCGAGUUCAACUUCGAGGUGCGACUGGGUCUCAAUUCCCUGCAUUGCCAUACCGCUCAUAUUUGAGCAAGCCUGACUCUCAACUCGAGCAUUUUAUUACGGUACAUAAACACGUUAGGUGUGAUAUUACAAUUCCAACUAUCAUUGGGCAGUCAAGGAGUAUCUCGAUACCAUUCAUGAUCAAGCAAUUGCAAGAAUGUCCUAUGAGCAUACCGGAUUGCAGAAUAUUCGCAGACUUCAUGGCCAUGUCACACAUUGAAGCCGCCGGGGAAGCGAUCAACUUCAAUACUUAUCCGUUGAUACUCGUGUGCUCAUUGAACACGGAUGGAUAUUUGGUGGUGGCAAGCUUCGAUUCCAGGGAUUCUCCUUGGUUGAUCGCAGGAUAUGGAGGAUUCGCUGGUCGUCAUGGUCGGGUUCACAGAACCAGGGAUCUAGUGAAAUACGACAGCAAUGGUACAAUUGUUUUUGUAGGUCGAAAGGACACGCAUGUCAUGUUUGAAGGGCGAGACAUUGAUCUCCUUGAAAUUGAACGGCGAGAUCUUCUGCCAGAAGCCAUCGAGAUAGUGGUGGAAGUUCAUCAUCCUCGAGACGAAGAAACUUCUUCCACGGCUCCUCUACUUACUGCACUCUUCACUUACAGGCCAGAGAGCAAAACAAAUCAUGCACCGAUAGCGGAUAUUGGAGAAUACGAAAGAGACAAAUCUCAAGACUUGUCUGGUCUGUCUUUCAUGCGAUUACCACGUUUGCCGGCACAGUCUGUUGCCGGCCUUGAAAGGGCAUUUGGAGAGCGUCUCCCCUGGGACAUGAUUCCAUCUUUAUAUGUCACAAGCGAGUUGGUGGGAACUCCCACAAGCUGCCGACAGGACCUGAAAUCAUUGUCGCGAAAACUGUCCGCAGUACGCAUUUCGGAAUUGAAAUCAGCAUGUCAACAAUUUGUUGAAGCAGAACGGAAGAAUUUGGCAAGUCUGAUGAGUAAAAAGGAGACACUUCUUCAACAGCUUUGGAGUCAAGUUCUUGGUAUCGAGCCAGAAGAGCUUAAUCAAGAUGACAGUUUCUUCCGCUUAGGAGGAGACUCAAUUCAAGCCAUGAAAUUGGUUUCAGCAGUUCGACUCAAUGGGUUCAAAUUGUCGGUAGCAGCGCAGAAAUGGCUCAAAAUCUAG